AGAAGAAGAACAUGCUAGGAAGUUAUUGUACGGCAGUUAGCUCAGGAAGUGUUAAGUAGGACUGUAACAAAAGCUUAUAUCAGCUAAAUCUGAAAUUAAAAUUGUUCAACUUUAAUACAAGGUGUAUUUAUUGACCACAAACCCUCAACCAAAUAUUUACUCAGUUUGAAUGUCCAGCAUAAGUAAAUAUACAAGUCGAGAAAGAUAACAUUGGCCCAACAGCGUCAACGACAAGUUGCUAAAUUAGGUAACUAAACGCGAGCUUCGCCAACUCGUACACACAGGAGUGAAUGCAAGACUACAUUGUGUGAGGAUCCUUAUUUCGGGCUUCAAACAGCAGAGAUGAAAAAGUGGAACCGGCGAGAAGGGCAGCGACCACACAACCGACAAAGUGCUGGCUAUCGCCAAGGACGGUACAGAGGCAACCGAGAAAGAUCACCACAGGACGAACGGUGGUAUGGACACAGUGAAGCAGGGCCAUCAUAUAGAGCAACUCAGAGAAGACACAAUAACCAGCCUAACAUUUCCUCGUCUUCCUCAUCUUGCUCUUCCUCAUCUAAGGCCAGCAGUGCUGCCCCAGAUCUGCCUGGUUUCUACUUUGACCCAGAGAAAAACCGUUACUUCCGUCUGUUGCCUGGACACAACAACUGUAACCCACUGACCAGAGAGCAGUUGCAGGAAAAAGAAAGGGAGAAACAGAGAAGCAAGAUGCUUGAGGAGGAUGAAAAUCCCAGAAAAAAAGCACCGAGAACAGGACUGAACACUUCACUGCUCUUGCAAAAAAGACACCUUGGCCUGUUACCUGGGGACACGUAUUGUAGGCUGAUCCAUGAGGUGAAGGUCAGUGGAAUGAGAUGCCACAAGCUGGAGAUUCAGAGCACAGACAACAGCAGCCCCAACACAGACAACUUCAGACUCAUAGUGGGGGACUCGGCAUGUGAGCGAGUGUUUACAGUCAAUGAUGUCUCUCAUGGAGGCUGCAAGUAUGGCAUAAUGAACUUCAGCAGCAACAGCCAGGGCUCUUUGUCUGUGGAGAUGUGUGAUAACCUUUACUUCACCAAUCGCAAGGUGAAUUCCAUCUGCUGGGCCUCAGUCAACUACCCAGACUCCCACGUGUUGCUGUGUCUGGUAGGAAUGGCUGACACCCCUGGUUGCGUCAGUUUACUUCCUGCUUCCCUCUUCAGUAACUCCAACCCAGAUCAGCCAAGGAUGCUGUGUAGCUUUAAGAUAUCCACAGCCUGGUCUUGUGCUUGGUGUCUGAACCCACAGUUUGACAAGACUUUCAGUACUGGCCUGUCUCGGAGGGUAAUCAUGAAAGAUGCAGAGACGGGCCGAACACAGACGUACAGUGUCGGCAGCGAUGUCUUGGCUCAGCAGUUUGCCCAUAGGUCCCCUGUGCUGUUCAACGGCUGCAGAUCGGGGGAGAUCUUCAGCAUUGACCUGCGGCAGCGCAGCCACAGGGAUCAAAGCUGGAAGGCCACACGCUUCCAUCAAGAAUCAGCCAUCACCUCUGUCCGUGUCCUGCAGGAUGAGAACUACUUGCUGGCUGCUGACAUGAUGGGCCAGAUCAAGUUGUGGGAUGUACGAGUGAGUAAGUCGGUGCAGGAGUAUAUUGGGCACUAUAACGAGCACGCCUACCUUCCCAUCCACAUCAGUGAACCUGAAGGGCUUUUGAUGUCAGUGGGUCAGGAUUGUUACACAAGGUUAUGGAGCCUAAAGGACGGUCACCUGCUGAGGACUAUCCCGUCACCCCAUCCGGCCGCAAACGACCUGAUUCCAAGUGUUGUCUUCUCCUCCAAUUUGGGUGGCUGCAGGGGGCUCCCCGGCCUACUCAUGGCUGUCAAACAUGACCUGUAUUACUUCCCAUACAACACUGACUACCGGGAAGGAGGUGAGCAGCAGACUGGAAUUUAUGAAAAGAUGCCUUCUCUCACAAAUGACUGAAAAACAGACACCUUUUUAUGUCAAAUCUAAUGCUGUUAUACACAAAGUCCAUGUUGCAUAAUUGAAAGGUUACUUUUAACUCUAAGGGGAAUGUUAUUUUUGAUUGACUUCUUUGUACUAAAAGGAAAUAAACAUGCUACAUAUAUGUGUACAUGAUUACAAGAGUUUACUUUUUUUUUUUUUUUUUUAAAGGUGCACUUAUCUAAGACAUGAUUGAUGUUGAUUUUAAAUGUAAUUCAGGAUGUUUCUGGUCUGAAUUUGAAAAGAACAUUACCGUUUAUACUGUAGAUUGACAGCCGUUUCUGACCAUUUGAAAUAUUUCUUUCUAAGGGACACACACUGAGUUUGUAAAGUUUAAUACAUACUGUAUGAGCAUACAUUAACAUAAUGGUAUUGAUUUGUUUCCAUGUGAUGCCUGUAUUCAUUGUCCAUCUGUGUCUGAGAUGAUAGUCCCUUGACUCAGGUCAAAGCCUGUUAUUUCAGCUUCAUGUUGACUUUAUUAUGAAACCCAACUCUCCUACAGUCAGACCUCAGAGUUCCCACAUGUUCAAACAGAAAGCCUGACUGCAUACUAUUACACUUACCAGGUAACUGUCAGGUGCAGUCUUGCUGCAAUAAAGGCUACCUAAAACGUCGCUUACUUGGUGCUGCAGCUCUACUCGUUUAAAUUAGCUCCACAGCCUGAGGUGACAGAGUAAAGGAUUACUCUUCUAACUGCCUCCUGUUCUGAUGGCCUCAAAAAGUUUAACUCUUGUCUGGACCAUAUUGCUGCUGUGAACCAGCCACUCGGUAAAAGCAGUUUGUUGCAUGUCAUCCCACUGCCGUCAGAUUUGUCUUAACAGGUAAUAGCUAUAACAUUUUAAAAACAAAAAGAGGCCAUUACAAAUUUACCUAUGAAACCUUUUUCCUAUAUUAGUAUAUCUAUGUAAAACAAACCGUGGACAGGUUUUAUUAAGGCUGUUCUAUUAUCAUCUUCCCAUUCAAAUGCAAAAGGAUGAGGGGGUUAUGCACGUAGUUAAGCAAGUCUAUAAGCUGGAAUGCUGCUCGGUGCCACAGUACAUCGUGGGCUUCUAAUUGCUCUAAUCCUUCUGAAGCCAAAGAGUUUCAGAAAAGCUAAAGCUAGGAGGGCUGAAGCAGAGGAUCACUACAAUAAACCGUUCCAUUGUUUUAUCUAUAGCCAGUCCUGAAUGUUACAUUGAGGCCUCUAGCAGAAACAGUUCUAGAAUAAAAGUCCUUACCUGGAAUAAGUUUAAGAUGCUUCUACUAUUAAAUGGUUUAUAAGCCCAGACUACAAAAGGUGCUAAAAGUACUAGUGUGUCACAGUGGAAGGGAUUAUCAAAGGGUUUCAUGUGCAUCAGUACAAAGUUGAAAAAGCAUGUAGACCUGAACUUAACUGCAAGCACAAUGUACAAUACUUAUCAUCUGUCUGAGAUGUGUGAUUUUUCUGUCACCUUGAGGUUCAAGUCUCACUAUAACUGGCAUUCUUCACAGUAUAAAAUAUAGGCAUAUUAAAGUGAGAUAGGGACUGAAAACAAACAGAAUUCACCUCGCCACAGACAGUCAAGUGGCACCCAAGAGAUGCCACUUAAAAAAAAAAAA